GCAAUGAAAUACAAUGAAUCAGGGUUCGAAAGUAAGUUUUUGGAAAAAGACAGUGAGCAUGGCACUUACUAUCUCAUCUUUUUAGAUGUAACAGUUGGUUCUGAAUGGUUUCCAAGGCAUAUCGGUGAUCUCGAUGUAUGCGCUAAACGAGUUAUUAUGUAUGGCAGUGGAUUAAGCGGCGAUCAUCCUGGUUUUACUGAUGAAACAUAUCGAAAGCGUCGCUUGCUAUUUGCUGAAAUGGCAAACAACUACAAACAGAAAACGAUUUACUUGAAAUUGCGAGAAUUACAUCAAAAACAUGCGUGCAAGGAAUUUCUUGAAAAUUUUAAAUUUCUCGAACGAUUUUGCAAUUAUUCAGAGAACAACAUUCCCCAGCUAGAAGAAAUCUCCCGAUUUCUAAAAGCAAAAAGUGGUUUUACUUUACGACCUGUCGCCGGAUAUCUGUCUGCGCGCGAUUUUCUCGCCUGUCUUGCUUUUCGCGUAUUCUGUUGCACGCAGUACAUACGACAUCACUCGGAUCCAUUUUACACUCCGGAACCCGAUACGGUUCAUGAAUUAAUCGGACAUGUUCCACUUCUAGCCGACCCCCUAUUCGCUCAGUUCACUCAAGAUAUUGGCCUAGCUUCAUUAGGAGCUUCGGAGGAUGACCUAAAGAAACUCGCAACGAUAUAUUUUUUCACUAUCGAGUUUGGUUUAUGUCGCAGUCAUAGCAGCGAACAACUUUACGAAAAUGAUCGCAUAAGAAAGAACGGUGAAUUAAAAGUUUAUGGAGCUGGUCUCCUUUCUUCAGCCAAUGAACUACAACAUGCGAUAUCAAACGAUGCGAAUGUGGAGGAAUUUCAACUUGAAAAAGUAAUAAAGCAGUCCUGCCUUGUUACGACGUAUCAGGAAAAUUACUUUUAUACGCGUACUUUUGAGGAAGUAAUACAGAAAUUAAGAUCAUUUACGAUGAAUAUGAAUCGACCAUUCAUUGCGCGUUACAAUCCAUACACGGAAACCAUUGAAGUGCUGAAUAAUAAGCGUACAUUGAUGAUGGCUGUCAGUUCAAUCCGUUCGGAUAUCAAUCUUCUCUCUAAUGCUUUAAAUAAUGUCCUCUGA